GGAAUUUGGAGUUUGUGGGUUUAUCUUGAGGGGAACAAAUGAUGUCAUGAAAUAGAGAAGAAUUCGUCGUUGGGGAGAGCAGAGAAAGCUUGAAAAGAUGGCGUGCAGAGGGUUCUGGGAGUGUUUAUUGAAGCUUCUGAAUUUUUUGUUGACGCUUGUUGGUUUGGCCAUGGUGGGUUCUGGGAUUUACCUACUGAUUGAAUGGAAGAAAAUGUCGGAUGAAUCGGCUUUAUUGUCGAACAGCGACUCUCAGGAACUUGUACAGCUCGGUCGUCCUCUGAUGUUGGCAGUGUCUCUAUCGGCUAGUAUUCUUGAUAAAUUACCUAAAGCCUGGUUUAUAUACUUAUUCAUUGCUAUCGGAGUUAUUCUCUUCGUCAUAUCUUGUUUUGGUUGCAUUGGAGCAGUAACCAGGAACGGGUGCUGCCUGUCUUGUUAUUCUGUGUUGGUGAUCUUGUUGAUCUUAGCAGAGCUGGGGUGUGCUGCUUUUAUAUUUUUUGACAAGAGCUGGAAAGAUGCACUUCCAACCGACAAAACUGGAGACUUCGAUAUGAUCUAUGAUUUCCUUAAAGAUAACUGGAAAAUUGCAAAAUGGGUUGCUCUCGGAGCUGUUGUAUUGGAGGCUCUGGUGUUCUUGUUAGCUCUAAUUGUAAGGGCAGCAAACAGGCCGGCAGACUAUGACAGUGAUGACGAGUAUCUUGGCCCUAGACCUGGAGUCUACCAACCAUUGAUAAACAGGCAAGGGGUUCCAGCAACAGGAGUACCUGUAGGUCCCACCCUCGAUUCUCGUUCAAGUAGGAAUGAUGCCUGGAGCACACGGAUGAGGGAAAAGUAUGGGCUUGAUACGUCAGAGUUCACAUACAACCCAAAUGAGUCAAACAGGUACCAACAACCCACAGCCCAGCCAGCAGAGGAAAGGAGUCGUUGCACUAUAAUGUAAUUUAG